CUUCUGAAAGCAUGGCUCAAUGAAUGAACACUCUUCAUUUCAGGUAGCCAGCCAACACAACAUUGAGGUAAAUGCUACUAUGCCCAGGGAUAAGCCAAAUCACGUUUACAGAUAUACAGACAGAUGGCUGACAAGCAGAUCAGUUUACCUGCCAAAUUGAUCAAUGGGGGAAUUGCUGGACUGAUUGGUGUGACAUGUGUAUUUCCUAUUGACCUAGCCAAGACCCGUCUCCAGAACCAGCAAAAUGGUUCCCGUCUCUACACCAGCAUGUAUGCACAAAGCUGGUCAGAUUGCCUUAUCAAGACCAUCCAAUCAGAGGGGUACUUUGGCAUGUACAGAGGUGCUGCUGUGAACCUGACUCUGGUCACUCCAGAGAAGGCCAUCAAACUAGCUGCCAAUGACUUCUUUAGACAGCACCUGUCCAAGGAUGGUCAGAAGCUCACCCUGCUGAGGGAGAUGCUGGCGGGUUGUGGUGCUGGUACAUGUCAGGUCAUCAUCACCACUCCCAUGGAGAUGCUAAAGAUCCAGUUACAGGAUGCAGGGCGGAUAGAGGCUCAGAGGAAGCUGAUGUCCCAGGCUGCAGUUGGGGCCCCUGGGGGCCCAGUGGAGUUGAGGUCCCAUACAGCAAUGCAGCUCACCCGGGAGACGUGAUUAAGACCAGAAUUCAGACCAUGACAUGGGGAAGUCGGGGACGGCGGAGUGACAGACUGCAUCAGGUAAACUCUCCUUCUCACUCUAACUCUUCCACUGCUUCCCUCCUGGUUUUGACAGGCCCUUUCUGAUCAAUUAUAUCCAUAUUAUCUGAUGGUAGAACAUUACAACAUCUACUGGUACUAUGAAAUAAACUGAGAAGGCAUUUUAGACUAGAAAAUUCAGUAAAUGUCGGAUAAAAAAUGUCGCGACCGUCCUGAUGGAAACACCAGAUUUCUCAUAAACUUUCCAAAUAUUUAAUAAACUAAAUACAAUAGACAAGGUUGGAUCUUUUUGUCUGUAAAAUGAAUUAUGCGAGAGAUGGUGGCGGAAAGGCUUUUAAGUGCAAAUAUUGAUUUAAUAAAGUAAUCUUGCAGUCACAAGAUGAAAUGUGUGGUCCUCCCUCUCCGACUUU